AUGUUACUCACUUCGCUAUUUGCACUCGCUACUUUUCUUGGGCCUUCUUCCUCGUGCGAUGACCAUGAUUGGACAUCUCCGGUCCUUGGAGGCUACGUCGACCAUGGCUUGAUGAGAAAACAUGACCUCGCGAAACGGAUCCAACCAGCAGCUCUUCCUACCCCGCCGCAACAGAUCAAAGACCUGCAUUGGGGCCAGAUCAAUUUCCUCCACACCACAGAUACCCAUGGCUGGCUUGCGGGCCAUUUGCUGGACGACAAUUACAGUGCCGACUAUGGCGACUUUGCUGACUUUGUGCAAAAGAUGAAGGCCAAGGCGGAUGUUCUGGGUGUUGACCUCCUGCUCAUCGACUCGGGCGAUUUGCAUGACGGAACCGGGUUCGGAGACGCGACAACGCCGAAUGGAAAGCUCACACUACCCGUCUUCAAAAAGCUGCCGUACGAUUUGUUGUCCAUUGGAAAUCAUGAGCUCUAUACGACCGAGAUUGCCAAUGACACAUAUCGCAACUUUGCUCCGCAUUGGGGCGGUCGUUACAUCACCUCCAACGUCGAGUUCAAUCUCACGGGAAGUCCUACGCCCUUCUCCAACCGAUACGCAUAUUGGGAGACAAAGAUGGGUAUCCGGAUCAUGUCCUUUGCCUUCAUUUUCAAUUUCACGGGUAACAGCAACGCAACAAUCGUGACUCCGGUCGGUGACGCUGUCAAACAAUCUUGGUUCCAGCAACAGGUCAAGAGGACUGAUAUCGAUAUGUUUCUGGUAGCCGGACAUAUCACUCUUCGGAACUCUACGGAAUGGGGUCUUGUCUACGCCGCUAUUCGUGAGCACCAUCCCACGACCCCAAUUCAGAUCUUUGGAGGCCAUCGACAUGUCCGCGACGCCGUCGUCUUUGAUGCCUCGGCUGUGGGCAUCGCUUCUGGAAGAUAUUGUGAGACGGUGGGGUGGGUUUCUGUCAACGGCUUGCCCAGUCGUGUCACCAAAGCCAAGUCGCCCAUGGGCAAUGCCACCAGAAUCACCCAGAAACCCUCCAACGUUCCUGGGGUUAAGCCAAAUCCAAACUCCACCUUGUCUUACUCGAGGCAAUAUCUGGACUUCAACCGAUAUAGUUUUGAAUUCCACACCAGCACUAACGAGCAGACAUUUAACACCAGCUUGGGCGUCACAAUUAGCAAGAACAUCACCACGGCUGUGGACAGCCUCCCACAAUUGACCAACAAACUCGGUUGCUGUCCAGACAACUACUACCUCGAUCGCUUUCCCAUCAGCUCGAAUCAGAGUCUGUUCAACUACCUGACAAACGUCGUCUUCCCCGCCAUAGUGGUCGCACCGAACCGGGCCAACAUGUCACGCAUUAUCCUUACCAACACGGGCGGGUUCCGCUACGACCUGCUGAAGGGGCCCUUUACGAUCGAUAAUGCAUAUCAAACGAACCCUUACACGAACUAUUGGUUACGCAUGACCGCCCCCUGGUCCUCGGCGAAGAACCUGCUAUCGAACAUGCAGACGGACAAAGUCUACAAAAGAGCCCCGCUUCCAGUCAAUGCAACCACUUUAAUAAAAACACCAGGAUACGUGACGAAAGACGACCUCGGCACCGAUGGAGACAACAUCAUCCACACCAACCAGGGCUACUCUUCUGCCCCACAUUAUGUGCAAGCAAACGUCAGCGUCGGAGCUAACACAUCAGAUUCCACGCUCAUAGAUGUGUAUGUGACGAGUUUCUUCUCUGCGGCGGCGGGGAAAUACUUGAGUGGCAACACCAGUGACUGGGUCAGUACGGACGGAAACUUUUCGAGUUUUGACACGUUGCCUCGAAUGGCACAAUUGUACUGGAGCAAAGACUGUUGA